AUCAAAUGAAAAGAAGAGUGUGCAAUUUACAGUUGAAAAAUCUAAUAGUUCUACAGAAGAAAUGUCUGAAAUUCUUGAUGGAAAAACUGAGGAAAACAAGAAAACUGGAAGACCAACUCGCAGGACAAGGGGUCAGUCAGAAAAAACUAAAGCAGAUGAAGUCCUCUCACAGCACUUGAAUGAAGAUGCAUCUGAAAAAACUACAGGAGUGAAAAAAGAAGGUAACAUACCCUCCAAAGGAAGUAACCAUGAGAAUGAAAUCAGUGACAAGAUUACCAAGAAGUCUGGUCGCCAACCAAGAGUGAAGAAGACCUUGAAUGAAAAUGAUUUAGAUAGCAAUGAGGAAGAAACACAGUUUAAAACAAAACAUGGAAACAAGCAAGUAAUUCCUGAGAAUGAAGUCAGAUCUACAAGACGUGGUCCCAAAAAUAUGCCCUCAGAGGAAGAAAUUCCCACUACUCCAAGGAGAGGAAGGAGGAAGAAACCAUCAGAAGAAGACACAGCAACACCUUCAAAAAGGGAGGAAACCCAGCCUGCAAAACGUGGAAAAAAGAAAGUAGCUGCUGAGAAUGAGGUUCAGUCUACAAAAUGUGAUAUAAAAAAUUCAGCUUCUGAAGAAGAGAAUCAGCCGACUCCAAGGAGAGGAAGAAAGAAGAAACUAUCAGAGGAGGAUAUAGCACCACCCUCUAAAAGUGAGGAAGACGUCCAGUCUGCAAAACGUGGCAACAAAAAGAUGGCCUCUGAGGACAAAAAGAUUACCUCUGAGGAAGAGGUUCAGCCUCCUACUACUACUAAGAGAGGAAAGAGGAAGAGACCGUCAGAGGAAGAAAUAGCAUCACCCCCCAAAAGGGUGAGCAGAAGAACAAGAGCUCAGAAGUAAAUCAGUGGAAAUAAUAAUCUGCAGGAUCAGUAAUAGCUGAUGAUCAGUACCUGAAUACAAGAACUCAAGAAGUAAAUCAGUGAUAGUAAUAAUCACCAGUACCAGUAUACAUCUUGCAGAACCUUAUGUGUAUAUUGUGUUUUCUUAUUUCACUGUCCAGAAAGCUUUGUAUAUUCUGAUUCCCUUUCAUACUUUUUGUAGAAAGUCCCUUUCAUACUUUUUGUACAAGGUUAAGUGAAUUUAAAUGGUACUAAACCAGUUUUAUUUUAAGGACACCUUCACAGACUUUCAACUUAGAUUUUAUUAUAGAAAUGUAAAAGAAAUUAGGCUUUACUUUUCGUGCAUUAUUUCCUUUACUCUUUGUACAAAUAGUUUGCAUGGAAAUUUUUAUUUGUAUAGUUAAAACUGUUCGGAAUUACAGAACCAAACUUGUAAAGUUAAUAUAUGUAUGUAUUGUACUUUUAUAGUCAAAACAAAAUUCACAAUUUGGAAAUAUUGUAUAUAGUUGGCUGUAGUUUAAGUAUCCUGCUACUAUAUUAUGGAUUUCUAAAAAAUAAAUCUGUUUCUUAAAACAACAAGACAAGAAGCUAAAAAAAAUACUAAACCAAGAAAAAUGAGUAA